AUGCCUACCUCCAAGCCGUCUAGUGUCAUACAUGUGGAGGAUGCCUUUCCCGAAAAAUGUCUGGAGGCUGCGCCUAGUCUCGAGCAGACGUAUAUGGAAAGCGGGCUGAGUCGUGAUGACGCCCAUUUCCUUGCCAACUUUCCAGAGGAAAAGAGGAACAAGUGCAUUCGGAAGAUCGAUUGGCGUCUCUGCCCUAUGUUGGCGUUUCUCUACCUUGUUUGCUAUAUUGACAAGGCAAGUAUUGGGAAUGCCAAAAUCGAAGGCAUGCUGCCGGAUUUGAAUAUGUCAGGCACUCAGUAUAACAUUGCCCUGGGGAUUUUCUUUGUCCCCUAUGUGCUAUUCGAGGUUCCUAGCAACAUUCUACUUGCCAAAUUCAAAAAGCCGUCGCUCUACUUAUCGAUAUUGAUGCUUCUGUGGGGUAUCGUCGUGACCCUAACGGGGGUUGUAAAGAACUUUUCCGGACUGUGUGCGGUUCGCGUGCUCCUUGGUAUUUUCGAAUCCGGAUUCUUCCCAGGCGCCGUGUGGGUUAUUACCCAGUGGUAUCAGCCACAUGAAGUCCAAAGCAGGAUAGCAAUUUUCUACACUGCGAGCGCACUAGCCGGUGCAUUCUCCGGGCUUCUAGCAUUUGGCCUAGCCAAAAUGCGCGGAAUCGGCGGCUACAACGGCUGGAGAUGGAUCUUCAUUAUUGAAGGAGCUGCAACAGUGGUCUUCGCAGUCUUCUGCUACUUCUGCCUAGCGGAUACCCCUAGGCUCUCCAGUAGAUGGCUGGACCCGGAAGAGAUCCGGUUUCUGGAGCUACGCAGACAGGCCGUGCGAGGACGUAUUGUGGUAGACGAAAAUGCCAAUAAAUUCGACUGGAAAGAGCUCUUCAAAGUCCUUACCGACUGGCAUCUCUACCUACAGGUCCUCAACUUCUGGUCCAACGCCGUACCAAACUACGGACUGAAAUUCUCCCUACCCCAGAUUAUAAAGAACAUGGGUUAUACCUCUGCGAACGCGCAGCUCCUCUCAAUGCCUCCCUACUUCGCUGGCGCGAUAUCUGCAUACGUCUUCAGUGUCAUUGCAGACAAACUGCGAUGGCGCAUGCCAAUCAUCAUUUCUGGACAGAUCUGCGUGAUCGUUGCGUUCUGCAUCCUAUUCUCUCUCGCCGAUGAUAUCAAGGAUAAUAUCCCAGCGUGCUAUUUUGCUGUCGUCCUUGCCUGUAUCGGUCUGUACCCGAUUAUUCCGGGGACCAACGCGUGGACAUCCAACAAUCUCGCCGGCGCGCGGAAGCAGGCCAUGGGCAUUGCGUUUAUGAUUAGCAUUGGCAAUUGCGGUGGGCUUGUGGGAUCAUUUAUAUAUCUUGAGCGCGAGGCACCUAAGUAUCCUACUGGAUUUGGGAGUUCAUUUGCCUUUGCGGUGGCGGGUGUCGUGGCGAGUGCUGCUUUGGAAGUGAGGUUCUGGUAUGUAAAUAAGCGGAAUGCGAAGACGAGUAGGGACGAGAUUCACGAGAAGUAUACGGAUGAGGAGUUGCAGCUCAUGGGGGAUCGGUCGCCGUUGUUUAGGUAUACACUUUGA